AUCAUUAUUUUGUUUAAGGAAACACGUUUUUUUAUUGUAAAGCAUGCUUAGUAGAUGGAGUAGCUGGCAAAUCAGAAAUUACAAAGCACGCCAAUGGAAAAAAGCACAAGAAAAAUGUUGGAAAUGCUAAAAACCAAAAUAUUUGUGAAAUGUUCACAGAGAACAGUAAAUUGGAUAAUGAAGUAUGUUUGAAAAUGUAUUUUCUAUUUUGUAUAUCUAUUUUAUUAUUAUAGGUCAAGUAUGCUGAACUACAAUUGUCAUUAUUCAUAGCAGAACACAAUUUGCCGUACUCAAUUAUGAACCACCUACCUAAGCUUAUUAAAAAUAUUUGUCCAGAUUCAAAAAUUGCACACAAUUUAAAAUGUGGGGACAAUAAAUGCAAAUCCGUCAUAACAAAUGUCUUAGCAUCGGUAAGUCACGAUAAUUUAAUGAAUGACCUCAAGACACAUAAAUUUUCUAUAAUUUUGGACGAAAGCACUGAUAGAUCGGCAAUUAAGCACUUGGCUCUUGUUAUCCGAAUAGUUCAAGCACCGCUUAAUAUAAUGGAUAGAUUUGUCACUUUGAUUGAAGUGAAUAGUGCUACAUCGCAAGCCUUAUAUGAUCAUGUCAUACGGUUUUUUAAUGAUAAUAAUAUACCGUAUAAAAACAAUAUGAUUGGAUAUGCAAGUGAUGGGGCAAAUAAUAUGAUGGGCGCACAUAAUUCUUUAGCCACAAAAUUGCGCAAUGAUAUACCAAAUAUUUUUGUGUUUAAGUGUAUCUGCCACUCAUUCCACUUAUGUGCAUCAUAUGCUUGCAUGAAGUUGCCAAAAUAUGUAGAAGAUGUAGCACGAGAUGUUUAUAAUUAUAUCAGCAACAACCCUAAACGUUUAUGUGAAUAUAAAGAGUUUCAACAGUUUUUAAACUUAAAGCCACAUAAACUACUUCAUCCAGCUCAGACUAGAUGGCUAUCACUACAUUCGGUUGUAAAACGAAUACUGUCUCAAUAUUCAGCUUUGAAGUUAUACUUCACAUCUGCAGCAUUAAAUGAUGGAUUAGAUAAUGCAAAAAUCAUUUUAGAUAGACUUACCAAUCCAUUAACAUUGAUGUAUUUUGAAUUUCUCGAUUUUGUUCUCCCGUUUUUCAUAGACCUAAACAUUGAAAUGCAAUCGACAACAGUAAAAAUACAUGUAGUCUAUGAUAAGGUUGGUUCUUUGUACAAAGAAAUUCUCAAUUGUUACAUGAAAAAAGAUUAUAUUUGUACAAAAGAAGUAAACGAAAUACAAUACAGAAACCCUGAAUUCUUUUUAGAUCUAAAAGAUAUAUAUUUAGGUGGUAAGGUGAUGGCUUCAAUAACCCAAAUGUUGACUGAAAAGAAGUUAACAUAUGCGAUGAUACAGGACUUCAAAUUAAGGUGCCAAUGUUUUUAUGUGGAAGCAGCUAAUCAGGUUUAUCAAAGAUUUCCAUUCAAAUUACUUCAACCAUUGAAGCACUUAAAAAUCAUAUGUCCAGAAACCAUUUUUGAUAAUGAUGUGUCUUCAUUGGGACCCAUGUAUGCUAGUCUACCAAUUUUGUUUGGGGACAUAGACAUCAACGAAGUGGACAGAGAAUGGAGAAAAUUGCCAUUUGUUCAUUAUGAAUCUGCAAAGAUUGAUCGAAAUACAAAUAUUAUAGAUUUCUGGACAUAUAUUAGUAAAUUGAAAAAAGGAGAUGAAACUCCUAUGUUUCCAUUAAUGGUUUUUUUAGUAAAAAAUAUAAUGACAUUGCCACAUUCAAGUGCAUGUGUCGAAAGAAUAUUUUCAAUGGUUAAUGCAAUAAAAACAAAAGAGAGGAAUAGAUUGCAAACCGAUAACUUGUGUGGUCUGUUACAAACUAAAAGUAUGCUAAAAGCUUCAAGCUCUGAGU